AUAAUAAAAAUAAAAAUAAAAAGUAUAAUAAGUAUGUGAGAUUACAAUAGUGAUGCUUUGCAAGCACCACUAAUAAAGCAGAAGUAGAUUUUGACAGAACCAGUAGUUCACACUGAACCGAUUGAACUCGUUUAGUGGACAACCCGGGACGCAUCACGCUCGUACAUAUAUGACGUCAUCAGGAAGAACGCUGAUGGAAAAAUGGCUGCGUUUCGCUGUCGGAGGGACCCAUGCGGGUUUAUUUGUCUUCUUUUAACUUAUUUCAGUGUAUUUUACGCUGACUACGUGGUAAUUCAGUAUGUCCUGAUCCCUGCGUAUUCUGGAAGUGUAUGGUGCACUCUACAUGGCUCUACGUUUAAUAUGAUUCUGUUACUGCUGCUGGCGUGCCACUCAAAAGCUGUGUUUUCUGACCCUGGUAUGGUUCCUUUACCCGAGACAGCCCUUGACUUCUCUGACUUGAGGUCCCAGUCUAACUGCCCAAAUGACAGAGGCUGUGAGGGUUGGACAGUGUGCAGUCGCUGUGAGACUUACCGGCCUCCACGUGCCCAUCACUGCAGAGUUUGCCAGCGCUGCAUCAGGAGAAUGGACCACCAUUGCCCCUGGAUCAAUAACUGUGUUGGAGAGCUCAAUCAAAAAUACUUCAUUCAGUUCCUUUUCUACACAGGCAUGGCCAGCCUAUAUUCCAUGGCACUGGUGGUGUCGGCUUGGGUGUGGAGAAUAAGGAGUGAAAGAGAGGGAGAUGCAGAUAAAGAAGGUGAAGAAGCUCCCAGCAAGCACCUAAUUGUGGCACAUUAUAUAAUUCUAUUGGUGGAGUCCAUACUUUUUGGAGUUUUCGUCUUGGUGAUAUUUUAUGAUCAGCUGGUGUCCAUUAUAACCGAUGAGACACCCAUCGAACAAAUGAGGAACCGACUAAUGAAAGACAAACCCAACAACACCCAACCUCCACACCUAACACACAACAGAAAGCCAAAAAUUGCAUUGCUGAAAGAGGUGUUUGGACGUGGAUCUAUUAUAUGUUGGCUGUUCCCGCUACAUUCCGCCCCUCCCUCUGUUGGCGGCAUCAGUUAUACAGCACUUCCUGAUUACAAUGUGUAACGCUGACCAGUUUUUCAUCAGUUCCAUUAAACGUUUUAUCAGUAUCACAUCAUGUUUAGGACACUGUGAAUAUUGUGUUACUGAGGUGCAGAUUUAGUAUGGUACAUUUGCUAUGAUGAAGGAAAAGGGAGAAUUAUUUGAAGAGUGCUACUGUGAUUGACGUUGAAUACUACCCCUGGUUCGAAUUCGAGUUUGAAUCCAGGGUGUGCUGAGUGACUCCAGCCAGGUCUCCUAAGCAACCAAAUUGGUCUGUUUGCAAGGGAGGGUAGAGUCACAUGGGGUAACCUCCUCGUGGUUGCUAGAAUGUGUGGUUCUCGGUGGAGGGCUUGCUUAGAUGUGCGUGGAUGCCGUGGAGAAUAGCGUGGCAAUAUCCACACGCGCUACGUCUCCGCGGUAACGCACUCAACAAGCCAUGUGAUAAGAUGUGCGGAUUGACGGUCUUAGACGCAGAGGCAACUGUGAUGUGUCCUCUGCCACCAGGAUUAAGGUGAGUCACUACACCACCACGAGGAUUUAGAGUGAAUUGGGCAUUCCAAAUUGGGGAGAAAAAAAAAAAGUGCUGCUGUGUGUUUUUUGUACACUACUAGGCUACUUUUCCUUACUGGUUCUUGAACACAAAAACUCAAGGGACUUUGCGGGACAAAAGUUACAACAUAUCUACAGUCCCCUUACAUUAUUAAAAAUAUCUUAAUCUAUAACCAGUUUACACUGAUUUUCAUGAACACUGAUUAGCUGCUAACACAUGAUCAUGCUUGCAUUUUCAGUUGUAUAAGUUUUUAUUUAAUCUCAUUCAUUCUGUAUUUGUCAUUGUGUGUGUUUAAUUUCAGUCUGUUUGAGUACAUGGACUCUACUCCAUUUUACAAAUGGAUUGUAUAUAAAGAUACGUUUUAUAACUUUAAUUUCAGAUGAAGUGUUGCUGGAUUUUCAGGGUACUGGACAAUUGUUGUUUAAAUGCUUUUUUAUGUUACUGGUUUUUGCUGUGUAUUGACAGCUUAAGGGAUGUGUGUACAUAACAGCUAAAUCAUGUACAUUGAUAAUGUUUACAUUGAUAUUUAUUGUAAUUUAUUUGUAUAUUUCUGUGUCUAAUUGCUGCUCUGAUUUUAUGUGAAGUAAAGGAUAUCUUUUAAAAUUCUGGCUUCUUUCUCUUCAAGUAAUAUUCCAGGUUCAGCACAAGUUAAGCUCAAUCAACAGCAUUUGCUACAUAUUGAAUACCACAAAAAAUUAUUUUCGUUUUCAAGCAUUUUUAUUUUUUUUUUUUUUUAGCAAAAAUCGAGAUAAUAGUAACGCACUUUCAAUGGAAGUGAAUGAGGGUGAUUUUGGAGGGUUAAAACACAGAAAUUUGAAACGUAUAAUUUGAUAUAAGCACUUACAAUUAAUUAUUCUGAUGAAACUUGUAUAUUAUUUGAACUAUAAAGUUGUUUAAAUAAUUUUUACAGUUGUUUUAGGGUUUGUUGAAAUUACAUCGCCAUAGCAACAAAGUUGUAAAAUUGGCUUUAACUUUACAGAGAAAAGGUUAGUAAGCAACUUUAUCGCACUAAAAUCAUGUAAAAACACAUAGUUUGUUUUGUGGUUAUACUUUUGAAACAGUCGGUAUUUUAAUGUUUACAGAUUGGCCCCAUUAACUUUCAUUGUAAGUGCCUCACUGUAACCCAGAUUUUUUUUAUUUUUUUUUUGUAAGAAAAUGAAGGGGUGAGUGAAAUUAUUAUUAUUUUUUUGUGGUAGCUAAUCAACAUUUUUGCCACAAAUGCUGUCGAUUGAGCAUAACUUGUAUUGAGCCCGGAAUAUUCCUUUCAUUUCAAGUUUUGAGUGGAAAUAAACCAGUAGUGCUAAUUACUACUUGAGA